AUGAAAGCCCGCUAUAAUGGAUCAUGUGAAUUUCGAUUAUGCAUUUUGAUUGUCGGAUUUUUCCUUGCGUUACCCAUUUAUAUGAACCAUAUCAUGAGUUUGUUGCGAUCAAGACUAUAUUUAACGUCGUAA